GUCGCCUUUGCCCGCAGCCGCCGCGCCUUCCAUGGGGGUCGCGAGCCGCGGCCGUCCCGGGGCGGCCCGGGCGCUGCUGCUGCUGUCGCUGCUACUGACGGGGACCGUCCCGCCGAGCCGGGGCCGCUCCACCGGGCAGCCAGAAGAUGUGGAUGAGUGUGCCCAAGGGCUAGAUGACUGCCAUACAGAUGCCCUGUGUCAGAACACACCCACCUCUUACAAAUGCUCCUGCAAACCUGGCUACCAAGGGCAGGGCAGGCAGUGUGAAGACAUUGAUGAAUGUGAAGAUGAACUCAAUGGAGGCUGUGUCCAUGACUGUUUGAAUAUUCCAGGCAAUUAUCGCUGCACUUGUUUUGAUGGCUUCAUGUUGGCUCAUGAUGGUCAUAAUUGUCUUGAUGUGGACGAGUGCCUGGAGAACAAUGGCGGCUGCCAGCACACCUGUGUCAACGUCAUGGGGAGCUACGAGUGCCGCUGCAAAGAGGGCUUUUUCCUGAGUGACAAUCAGCACACGUGCAUUCACCGUUUAGAAGAGGGCCUGAGCUGCAUGAAUAAGGAUCAUGGCUGUAGUCACAUCUGCAAGGAGGCACCGAAGGGCAGUGUUGCCUGCGAGUGUAGGCCUGGUUUUGAGCUGGCCAAGAACCAGAGAGACUGCAUUUUGACCUGUAACCAUGGAAAUGGUGGGUGUCAGCACUCCUGCGAAGACACGGCUGAAGGGCCCGAGUGUAGCUGCCAUCCACAGUACAAGUUGCACACAGAUGGGAGGAGCUGCCUUGAGCGAGAGGACACUGCCCUGGAGGUGACAGAGAACAAUGCCACAUCAGUGGCAGAUGGGGAUAAGCGUGUGAAACGGAGGCUGCUCAUGGAAACAUGUGCUGUCAACAAUGGAGGCUGUGAUCGUACUUGCAAGGAUACUUCAACAGGUGUUCACUGCAGUUGUCCAGUGGGAUUCACUCUCCAGUUGGAUGGGAAGACAUGUAAAGAUAUUGAUGAGUGCCAGAUCCGAAAUGGAGGUUGUGAUCACUUCUGCAAAAAUACUGUGGGCAGUUUUGAUUGUAGCUGCACAAAAGGAUUUAAAUUAUUAACUGAUGAGAAGUCUUGCCAAGAUGUGGAUGAGUGCUCUUUGGAUAGGACCUGUGACCACAGCUGUAUCAACCACCCUGGCACAUUUGCUUGUGCUUGCAACAAAGGGUACACUCUCUAUGGCUUCACCCACUGUGGAGACACCAACGAGUGCAGCAUCAACAACGGAGGCUGUCAGCAGGUCUGUGCAAACACAGUGGGCAGCUAUGAAUGCCAGUGCCAUCCCGGGUACAAGCUCCACUGGAAUAAAAAGGACUGUGUGGAAGUGAAGGGGUUCCUGUCCACUAGUGUGUCACCCCAUGUGUCCCUGCAUUGUGGGAAGAGUGGUGGAGGAGACAGGUGCUUCCUAAGAUGUCACUCUGGCAUUCACCUCUCUUCAGGACUGCAAGAGGCCUAUUCUGUCACCUGCGGCUCUUCUUCUCCUCUCAGGAGCAAACAGCAAAAAUCAAAUGACUCUGCUUUUGGGGAUGUCACCACCAUCAGGACAAGUGUAACCUUUAAGUUAAAUGAAGGCAAGUGUAGUUUGAAAAAGGCUGAGCUGUUUCCCGAGGGUCUGCGACCAGCACUACCAGAGAAGCACAGCUCAGUAAAAGAGAGCUUUCGCUACGUAAACCUUACAUGCAGCCCUGGCAAGCAAGUCCCAGCACCCCCUGGCCGAUCAAGCACCCCUAAGGAAAUGUUUAUCACUGUUGAGUUUGAGCGUGAAACUUACCAAAAGGAGGUGACAGCUUCUUGUGAUCUGAGCUGUAUUGUGAAGCGAACAGAGAAGCGGCUGCGGAAGGCCAUCCGCACGCUCAGGAAGGCUGCCCACAGGGAGCAGUUUCACCUUCAGCUCUCAGGCAUGGACCUUGAUGUGACUAAAAAGUCUCCCAGAACAUCCGAACAGCAGGCAGAGUCCUGUGGAGUGGGUCAGGGCCAUACAGAAAACCAAUGCGUCAGUUGCAGGGCUGGGACAUAUUAUGAUGGAGCACAAGAACGCUGCAUUUUAUGUCCAAAUGGAACCUUCCAAAAUGAGGAAGGACAGAUCACUUGUCAACCAUGCCCAAGACCAGAAAAUCUUGGGUCCUUAAAGACCCCAGAAGCUUGGAAUGUGUCUGAAUGUGGAGGUCUGUGCCAACCUGGAGAAUAUUCUGCGGAUGGCUUUAAACCUUGCCAGCUCUGUGCCCUGGGCACAUUCCAGCCUGAAGCUGGCCGAACUUCUUGCUUCCCCUGUGGAGGAGGGCUCCCCACCAAACAUCUGGGAGCAACUUCCUUCCAGGACUGUGAAACCAGAGUUCAGUGUUCACCUGGACAUUUCUACAACACUACCACUCACCGAUGUAUUCGCUGCCCAGCAGGGACAUACCAGCCCGAAUUCGGAAAAAAUAACUGUAUUUCUUGUCCAGGAAACACUACAACGGACUUUGAUGGCUCCACAAACAUUACCCAAUGUAAAAACAGAAGAUGUGGCGGGGAGCUGGGAGAUUUCACAGGAUACAUUGAAUCCCCAAACUAUCCAGGAAAUUACCCAGCCAACACUGAGUGUACCUGGACCAUCAACCCACCUCCCAAGCGCCGCAUCUUAAUUGUGGUCCCUGAGAUCUUCCUACCCAUAGAGGACGACUGUGGAGACUACCUGGUGAUGCGGAAAACCUCAUCGUCCAAUUCAGUGACAACCUAUGAAACCUGCCAGACCUACGAACGCCCCAUCGCCUUCACCUCCAGGUCAAAGAAGCUGUGGAUUCAGUUUAAGUCCAAUGAAGGGAACAGUGCCAGAGGGUUUCAGGUCCCAUAUGUGACGUAUGACGAAGACUACCAAGAACUCAUUGAAGAUAUUGUUCGAGAUGGCAGGCUCUACGCAUCUGAGAACCACCAGGAAAUACUUAAGGAUAAGAAAUUGAUCAAGGCUCUGUUUGAUGUCCUGGCCCAUCCCCAGAACUAUUUCAAGUAUACAGCCCAGGAGUCCCGAGAGAUGUUUCCAAGAUCUUUCAUCCGAUUGCUACGUUCCAAAGUUUCCAGGUUUUUGAGGCCUUACAAAUGACUGCCCACAUGCCACAAAUGUUCGGCUAUGGGCUUGGUGGGAUGGAGCCGUCUGUCUGCCUUCCACAUAGUCGGAUAUUCCAGUAUCAGUGACUCAUUAGAGUUAAAUUUUUAUAGAUAAUACAGAUAUUUUGGUAAACUGAACUUGAAUUUUCUUUCCCAACAUUGUGGAAUGGCUUUGAGUAGCACUGACUUCUCACUGCUAUGGGAAGUAUGACCAGAUGUCUCAGGUCCUGCAAGGACUGGCUGAGCUAGACUUCAGUCAGUGCAGGUGAGACUCACCCUCCUUGGGUCUCUCUCCUCCUCUGGAGCCUGUAGUAGUGAAAGGACACCACAGAAGGGCUACUCUGUCUGAAACAUCAGCUUUCUCCAGCCUGGGGCUCCCUAAGGCAGCCCUCCAAGCCCCUGUGCAGGCUCUGAGCAGGCAAAACAGGCAAGGAGGGAGGGAGGGCGCCAUCCACCCACCCUGAGACCUGAAAGGACUCUGUUUUCCACAGCCUUCUCCAGCCUGUGUGAGAUAAGUUUGAUCUCAGGAGCUUGAGUUCUAAGCUGUGAUCAUUUUUAAAAAAAAUACUGAAAGCCAAAAGAAUUAGAAAUAAACCUAAGCCCUUCUGGAGACUUAAUAGUGUAUACAUGUUGCCAGCUCCCCUCUCCUACCCUGCAGCAAAUGCACACAGCUGGUUUUAGCACCUUUCCUUGUGCCCUCAGACAUGGCUGAGCACCGAAUUAGGGCUUAGAGAGUUUGGGUGGAUGCAGUCUCCUUGGUGGAUGAGAAUUCACCAUCAUCAAAAGGAGAUUUCACCAACCCUGGUCAGUAUAGCCGAGGGUCUUCUUUCCACCACAAGGCUUCCUCCCAGCAGGCACCUGAGGACCACGUGGGAUAUGGGGCCCAGCCUGUCACUUGUGCCUUCUGUCCUCACUCUCCAAGGGCAGAGUGGAUUCUGUUCUGGGCAGUACUGUUCAGGAUGCGCUCAUUCUCUGAUGGUAGCAGCACUACUGGGAGCAGCUACACACUGGCCUCUGCAUUUUUAAUAGUAUCACGUUUUUAAACAUUUAAAUCCCAAGUCAGAGUCUCAUUACAGUGGGUAAAAAAGAAUCUUGUCAGAUAAGCUGCCAUUUCCUAACCGAAGAACUGAGUACACACAGCCAUAGUGUUUUGUUAUUUCAGUGAUAACUCUACAUACAAUUUUCUAUACCAAAGUAUUAAAAAAAUGUAUAACAAGUUUUUCUUGAAGAAAACAAAGAUGAUUUCAUUCUUAUUGAACAUAUUUUUUACCCCCAUGUUGUUUUUUAAAAACCAUUAUAACAUUGCUUUCUUUAGCCCUAAUGAAGCUUCUUUAUUUGGAUGGGUCCUAAAUCCCCACUCUCAGAUUUCUCUUUAAAAAUUUGAACAUCUUCAUUAAAAAAAUUAUUUAAAAAAGCACUUGCAAUUUGUUUAACUGGAGCUUGGCCUAUAUUUCUGAGUCUAACUAUAAGAUGAGAAGUUAAUGUAAAUAACCUGAGUUGUGAUGAGACCGGUGAGGAGAUAAGAUGGGCUGAGCUGUGCCAUCCUGUCCAAGCAUGUUAGUAACUUUGUGCUCAAGCAAGUGUGAUUCUCUAUUGUCAAUUCCACAAGAAAUCUGGGGGUGGGUAUGCUCUGGGGGUUGGAAGGAGAAUGCAUAAACCUGAUUGCUGUGGAACAUCCUCCAGGAACAGCCUCAUGCACCAGAGCUGUGCUCCUGGGACAAGCAUGAGCCCCUGGGCCCUCCUGAAGCUUUCUCUCUAGACCUAUCAAUCAUCCUAAGAGACACUCCCUGUUGGAAGGCUGGCUGCGGCUGCUGUUGCUCUCUACUAACUGAAGAAAUAUUUAUCGAACAUCCCCUCUGUGUCAGGUACUGUUCUAGGCCCUAGGGAAGCACUGUGAUAAGAACUAGAGUCCCUGCACUUGUGGAGCUUACAUUUUAGAGGGAAGAGACAGACAACAAACAACACAAAAACAAUCUGCUGAAUGGUUAAUGCAAUGUUGAAAAUUGAAACAGGUUAAUGUAACAGACGGCUGUGUUUGGGGUCUGAAAAUGGCUUCUAUGGGGAAAUGGCACUUCAACUGAACACUACUUGGCAGGGAGGAAUGAGCCUUGGGAAAAUAGGGGAAGAGCAUGCCCGAUAGAGGGGCACCAAGUGCGGAGGCUGUGCACAGAUGAGGCUGUGUGUCUGUCACAGUCUGGUGAGAAGGCCAAGAUGAGGUUCAAGAACUGCACAGGGGCCAGAUCACACUGGGCUGUGCCAUCUUGAAGGAGUGGUUUGGGUGUAAUUCUAAAUAGAUUGUGAAGUUUCAAAGAGGAUUAAGCAAAGAAGUGAGUUGAUCUGUAUGCUUUUAAAGGUAGUAGCACUGACUCCCGUAUGGAUGGAUUUUAGGAAGCAAGUAUAGAGACAGAGAGUAGAAUAAGAAGCUAUCACCAGAGACUCACCCCAGCAAAAGGUGAGGGUCUGAUUUAGACUGAUGAUAGUGGAAAUAAAAAAGUAGAAUUCUGGGCUCUAUGACUGUUUUGCUGAUAGAAUAUGGCAGAAGCGGCACUUCCAGUUUCCAGGCCUAGGACUUAAGACACUAGCAGUUUCUACUUCAAUCCCUUGGGACAUUUACACUUGGAACUCAGUCACUAUGCUUCAAGGAAGCCUUAGCAGCCUGUGGAGAGAAACUUUGUCCCCAUCCCUGCAGGCCAGGCAACAGCCAGCUAAGCUUGCCAGCAGCUUGAAUGAGUCAUCUUGGAAAUGGAUUCAGCCCCCAAGCCAAGCUGCCCCAGCUGAUGCUUCUUGAGCAGUCUUUGUGGAACCACACACAGAAAUUACAGAUUUGUGAACAAAACUAAUGACUAUCAUUGCUUUAAGUUACUAGGUCGGGGGUGAUUUCUUAUGCAGUAAUAGGACAUUUGGGAAAUGGGAAGAGAUUGAGAGUUCUGUUUUGACCAUUCUAAGUUCAAGGUACCUAUUAACUGUCCAAGUGGAGAGUUCAAAUAAGCAAGAGGUUAUAAGAGGCCCCAGGAGAGCUCAGGUCUGGAAUAAAAAAUUUAAUGUCAUAGAAUAAAGGAAACAUAUGAGAUUUUCCCUAAAUUAAGAUUAAAAAUAAUUCUGCAAUCUGUAUUUGGGGUAAAAUUGGGAGUUCAUAACCAACUUGAAUCUAAUGUAUGAAAUAUGAUAUGUCAAUAGCUUUAUAAUGUUUUGAACAACCAAUUAAAAAAAAAGAUUAAAAAUACAGUUGUGUUUCCCCCUAAUCCCUUUCCCUAGUCAACUACAAUCCUGAAAUAUUAAAUAGAGAAUUCCAAAAGUAAUUCAUAAGUUUGGAAUAAAUUUUAUUACAAUAUAUUGUUA